UAUCUGUCUUCGCCCAUAUCAGAUACGUCACCUUCCCUCUAGGAGAAUCGCUUCGACCACCGUGAGUUUCAGGGAAGAGCGAAGUAACAGCUUCAAACGGCUGAAAUUGUGUUAUCGAAGCAAAGCCUAGAAGAGUUUACAAAUCUCAACAAUUUGGAUUGAUCAGCUGAUAUUGGAAAUGGUUAAAAGUUAUGGAGUGUUUUGAUUUGCUAGAGAUACCAUGUUGUACUGCAUAGAGGGAGUUAAGCGUCUAGUUGCUUCUGCAUUGCGUUGUUGUGACCUUGAUUUAUAUAAGCAGCCGAGAGGCCUUGAAGAUCCUGAACAACUUGCAAGGGAAACUGUGUUUAGUGUAAGUGAAAUAGAAGCACUCUAUGAGCUUUUCAAGAAGAUUAGCAGUGCCGUGAUUGAUGAUGGGCUGAUUAACAAGGAAGAGUUUCAAUUAGCAUUAUUCAAGACAAACAAAAAAGAGAGUUUAUUUGCUGAUCGGGUGUUUGAUUUGUUUGACACAAAGCACAACGGGAUAUUAGGUUUUGAAGAAUUUGCUCGUGCUCUCUCCGUUUUCCAUCCAAAUGCCCCUAUUGAUGAUAAGAUUGAAUUUUCCUUUCAACUGUAUGAUCUCAAGCAGCAGGGGUUUAUAGAAAGGCAAGAGGUGAAGCAAAUGGUAGUGGCUACACUUGCUGAAUCUGGUAUGAAUCUAUCGGAUGAUGUAAUAGAAAGCAUAAUUGAUAAGACUUUUGAGGAAGCAGAUACAAAGCAUGAUGGCAAGAUUGACAAGGAGGAGUGGAGAAACCUUGUUUUGAGACAUCCAUCACUUCUAAAGAAUAUGACCCUUCAAUAUCUCAAGGAUAUCACCACAACGUUCCCCAGCUUUGUGUUCCAUUCACAAGUGGAUGAUACAUGAAUCUACAAGUAUAACAUUCAUCAUUUGCUUGUGUGCUUUAAACCCACCUACUGUGUAAAAAAAGAACAUAACAGCAAGCUUUGCCUUUCUUUUCUUUUUUUUAAUUUUAUUUUGUGCCAAGAGCUUGGUUACCUUACAUUGGUUAUAUAUUUGAUGAUGAUGAAGAUAUUUGGUUUUGGAGAUUCGUGUUUGGAGAUUAGGCUUAUUCAGCAUAUAUUUGAUUCGUUGCUUGAAA